GUCAGCAGCUUGGUAAGCUCUGCCGGACCUCUCCUACAACUCGACAUGAUAGAUCGGCCCGUCCGCAAGCAGAGCAUCGUUCAGAUUCUGCAAGCUUCACUGGAAGGCGCCGACAUCUUUGCCCACCAGACGGAUCGGGACGUCGCAGCCGAGUGGAUUCGAUGCUGUGUCUCUGCUACCGUGGUGACAUCCUACAACAGCAGGGUCUACCGGAUCAAGCAGGUGCACUUUGACAAGGAUCCUUCGCACACGUUCAUGAUGUACCAGCGUGACCAGAAGGAGCACAUGGAGAUUAGCUUCGCGAAGUACUACGAGGCCUUUUAUCACAAGACGAUCGCGAACAAGUACCAGCCACUGCUUGAAGCCUAUCCGGAGAAG